GCACGUCAAAUGAUAAAUAAUGGAUCUGAAAAUAAAAUUUUAUUAAUGUUACGAUAAACAAUACUCACUUUACGAUUUUUUCUUCUUUCCGCAUUCAUAAAAGAAGAACAAUUACGCAGUUCUCCUUGAUAAGUCAGUUAAAGUGAGAAAUUAAAUCUAAAGAACAGAUUAAGUGUCGGAGUAAAGGAUCAACUUUCAGGUUAUGUAAUUCAAGUGAAAACAGUAGUAUCUCCGAUCACAAUAAUAUACAAUGUCGUAUUUAAGUGACAAGCUCGUCUGAAACGUUGAUUGUCAAGCAUUUUUAGAAAAGCAACUCAUGACUCGAAAAAAAUUGUUGUCCACUAAACAAUCAAAAGUCAAAAAACUCCACUUGAGUCAUCAUGGAUAUAAUAAAUAUAGAGAGUGUCGAGUCUGGACUAAGGCCAUCGAAGAGUUCAUCGUCCAUUCGUUCAAGUUGCAUCAAUUCCAACUCAAUAUGUUAUAUUGUAGUGAUAAUGGCAACCUUGGCGUUUUUGGCAACAAUAGUUUUCAUCUGCAGAGACUACAUUAAAAUCUUGCUGUACUGGAUUGAACAUCAAGAUACAUGGGUUGUCACAAUCAUUAUGAUUGCACUGUUUACACUUGUCUCGUUUCCUAUAGUUAUUGGCUACUUGUUUUUAAUCAUUGCGAGUGGCUACUUAUUUGGAAUUAUCAGAGGCAUUGCUAUGGUUGUGUUGUCUGCAAAUCUCGGCAUUGCUGUAGCUCAUUUUGUACUCAGUAAUUUGUCUCCUAGUUUACCUAUUGGAGCUCUUCUUCAAAGUGACACGGCUCGAGCAAUACUCAGAGUUAUUUCUGGUCCCCAAGCUUACAAAGUUGUACUAUUUACAAGACUUACACCUAUUCCAUUUGGUUUACAAAAUACAAUUUUUGCUGUAAGCCAAAUACAUGGUAUGAAAUACCACAUAUCCAGUGCAAUUGGAUUGCUUCCAGCUCAGUUAAUAAAUGUUUACCUGGGCAGUAGUUUGCGUUCAAUGCAAGACGUUUUAGAGGAUAAAUCAACUGCUGCUACAGGCUAUAUUGUUUUUGCUUUCCAAAUUUUCAUUGGAGUUUCACUGAUGGUUUACGUCGUACAGAAAGCAAGAAGGGAAUUACAGUUAGCAUUACUAGAAGCUGAUCUUGCGUCAGUAAAUUCAAUGGAAUCAUGCUACAUAGAUAAUCCAUCUGACACAACAAUUUUGUUAACGAACAUGAUUGCUUAAUGGUAAUUUGAAAUUUCCAAAGAUUUUUAUUUUACAAUCACAGAAACAUAUAUUAAUUAAGGAGGAAAAAAUCAUAUCAAUCACAAUGAGCUAUGAACAAACAAAGCUUGUAGAUUAUCACAUUUCUAAAAGUAUUAGUCACUUUAAUUGUUAAACAUAAUUUGUUAUGUUUUUUAAUAUAUCUAGAGUUCUCUUUAGAUGUAUUUUUGUAAAGCGACAUUUAACGAUCUUUUUAUGUUCUUCGCUGUACAUUCUGAACUGAAACGCAAAUUACGUGCCAAUUUACCUCACAUCUUUCAUAGUUUGCAUUUAAAUGUUGAGAUAUCUGCAUUUACAUAUAAUACGCAAGUGCAUUAUAUAAAUGAUUGCUAUUUAUUGAAAACGAAAAUAGUUUGUUAAUUUUGUGAACUAAUAUUUUUCUUUCUAUUCAUUUGAUAAACAGAUGUCUCUGAUAAGCAAAAUAUAGUUUUAUUCCGAUCUAAAAUAUAUUUGAACGUGAAUAUAACAAUAAAAAAAAGACUACAAAACGAUGAGCACGCGACUAGGUUAAAGAAGUCAUUGAAUCUGUAAAUAUUAUAUAUACAUUAUAUAUAUAAUAAAUAGUUAGAUUAUUUGCAAUGAGAAUUCUAUGUACAAAUACUCAUGAUGAUACAUUUUUAGAAAUGUCUAAUGAUAAUAUGAACAGUGUAUAUCGUAUCAAUUAUCCUCUUAUGCCACUUUUACUAUAGUUUAUCAUACUGAUACUGGUCUUCCUUAUUUCAUGGUAUUUUGUCCUUGGAAAUUAAGCAUUCUAUUUAAAACUUUUAUUUUGUUAAAGUUAUUAUUUAGAUACGUACAUAUGGAUCGUAAUAAUAUAUAUAUGUAUCGUUUUAUAUGUGACUAUUUUAUAUAGUAACAUAACGCUUUGGCUUGUGAUAUAUAUAUUUAUCCGUUUUGUUUUCUGAUUCCGUUCUCUCUUUCUCUCUGUAAUUUUUAAGAGCUGGGUAACCAAAAUUUUCAAGUGAUUUUAUUUAAAAAUUCCUAUAUGCGUAUGAUUAAAAUAACGACAGCGGUGUGUGAAUAACGCGGAG